CCAAAAGAAGAAGGAAGCUGUUCACCAGUCUCGAGUUCUGAUAUUUCCGACAGCACCUGAAGGACACAGCCUCAGGCACCAGCAGAAGGUCGGAUCCAUCCUGCAGCUGCUACGCCGGACCUCCAUCACUUCUCCUAACCGGGAAUCAGCCACCAUCAGCGGGAUAUGGCGUCGCGGAGGUUCUUCGUGGGAGGAAACUGGAAGAUGAACGGGAUCAAGGAGAGUCUGGAGGAGCUGAUCACCACCCUGAACACCGCCAGCCUGCACGACCAGACCGAGGUGGUGUGCGGCGCUCCCUCCAUCUACCUGGACUUCGCUCGGUCCCGUCUGGAUCCAAAGAUCGGUGUCGCGGCCCAGAACUGUUACAAGGUGGCCAAGGGAGCUUUCACAGGGGAGAUCAGCCCGGCCAUGAUUAAGGACUGCGGGGUCGACUGGGUGAUCCUGGGACACUCCGAGCGCCGCCAUGUGUUCGGAGAAAGCGAUGAGCUGAUUGGCCAGAAGGUGGCUCAUGCUCUGGAGAGCGAUCUCGGGGUGAUCGCCUGCAUCGGGGAGAAGCUCGACGAGCGCGAGGCAGGCACCACAGAAGAAGUCGUCUACGCUCAGACGCAGGUCAUCGCAGAGAAUGUGAAGGACUGGGGGAAAGUGGUGCUGGCUUAUGAACCUGUGUGGGCCAUCGGCACAGGCAAGACGGCUACACCUGAACAGGCUCAGGAGGUCCAUGAGAAGCUGAGGGCGUGGCUCAGAGCCAACGUGUCAGACGACGUAGCCGACUCUGUUCGCAUCAUCUACGGAGGCUCAGUGACAGGAGCUAACUGCAAAGAGCUGGCGUCUCAGGGCGACGUGGACGGCUUCCUGGUGGGCGGAGCCUCUCUGAAACCGGAAUUCGUCGACAUCAUCAACGCGCGCGCGUAACGGACGCUCGGACGUCUCCGCCGCGACCGAUGAACAACACCUUUAGAUCUCGUCACGUGUCACUAUGUGUCGGCAAACUGGGCU